AUGACUGUGACUCCCAGCUUCUCGACAACUAAUCAAAAGGAUGAGCUCGCGCUUGCACGCUUGGGCAAGAAAGCGGUCUUGAAAAGGCGAUUUGGCUUCCUCUCCAUCCUGGGCUUCAGCUGCACGGUCUUGAUCACCUGGGAGGCAUCCUUGGUACUGUUCCUUGUAGGCUUCCAGAAUGGAGGUCCAGCUGGUGUCGUCUACGGGUACUUGGUCGUUUGGCUGGGUACCGUCUCUGUCUUCAUGGUUCUCGCUGAGCUGGUCUCGAUCGCACCUACAUCCGGCGGCCAAUAUCACUGGGUGUCGAUGAUGGCACCUCGACGCUUAUCUAAGCUCCUCAGCUAUACAUCAGGGUGGCUCACGCUCUGCGGCUGGCUGGCCUCUUUCGGCUCUGGCUGCUUCCUCACUGGCGGUCUGAUCCAAGGUCUUCUGAUCCUUUGUCAACCAGACACUUACAUCCCGCAGAACUGGCACGUCACCUUGCUGUACUGGGCAGUCAUCUUGUUCUGCGUUUUCAUUAACGUGGCAGCUGGGUGGCUCUUGCCGAAGUUCGAAGGCGCUCUGCUGGUGUUACAUAUCCUCGGCUUCUUCGCGAUCCUGAUCCCGCUCCUCGUUCUUGGUCCCAAGGGGGAUGCUAAGGAGAUCUUCACCACGUUCCUCAACAUGGGCGGAUGGGAUUCUCAGGGUCUGUCGUUCUGCAUCGGAAUCAUGGGCAGCGUGUUCGCCUUCGUCGGGGGUGAUGGCCCAAUCCAUCUGUCUGAGGAGAUUCAAAACGCACAAGUGGUCGUACCUCGGUCGAUCAUGACAGGUAUUGCGAUCAACGGAACGCUGGGCUUCGUCAUGGUCGUUACUGUGUUGCUACGUCUUGGCGACGUGGAUGCCGUUCUGGCAGAAAACCCUGCGUUUCCAUUCAUGGCAGUUUUCCACCAAGCCGUCCAGUCUCGAACUGGCGCGGCUGUGAUGGCUUCAAUAGUCAUGAUCCUUACCAUCAGUGCGAAUGUCGGAUUCGCGGCUUCGACUUCGCGCAUCUGCUGGGCAUUCGCAAGAGAUAGAGGCCUUCCGGGAUGGCGCCAGCUGAGCAAGAUCAGCGGUAGGACUUCGAUCCCCGUCAACGCCGUCGCGGCCACUAGCAUCAUUGCCGCACUCCUGGCUCUGAUCAAUAUCGGCUCAACAACUGCCUUCAACGGCGUCAUUUCCGUUUCCAUUGCUGGCCUCUUCGCUUCCUACCUCCUCACGUCCUGUCUGCUCUUAUACCGUCGCUGCACCGGCGCAAUACUUCCCAGCAGCGCCGCGUUCGACAACGUCACACCGUCCGUCACCGACGACGGCAUGGUGCGCGCGUUCUGGGGACCGUGGAAGAUCCCUGGUGCGCUUGGUAUCGUGAACAAUGCUUUCGCUUGCCUGUAUCUUGCGUUCGUGUUCUUCUUUAGCUUCUGGCCAAGUUUCAAGGAAGUCACGGUCGCAGAUAUGAAUUGGUCGAUUUUGGUGACGGGGGCUAUCGCUCUUCUGAGCGCUGUCUACUACAUGGUCUGGGCGAGAAAUACGUACCACGGUCCCGUGGUUGAAGUAAGUCUCUAG